UGGGCGAGAGUCUGACAGUGACAGUGUGAGCAGGAGUUUUUUGAUGGCAAAUUUUGGGAUUUUGUAGAUUUUCACGGGAUUUUCAGCACUGUGCAGUGCGUGAUCGGGUCAAUUGGGCAGUAUGCCUCGUGCAGGAGCAGCAGGAAUGCCCUGAGGCAGUGUGCAGGGACGUGCAAAGACAGUGAUUUUUCGCCAUUCGUCCGCGCGGAGCAUCUCGGGCGCCCCCCUCUCAGCAGGAGGAAAAAGUGGUGUGGCCGCGGGCAUCGUGGAUGAGCUUGUGGUGUGAAGUGGCCAGCAGUGUGUCGGAAUGGCUGUGCAACUGGACCAGAACGGCAAGGAUGACCUGAAGACGCAGUUCGUCACGCGGGAGGGCACCUAUCGUCUCAUGACGCUCUCGGAGUACUCGCGGCCCAAUCGCGUCGGCUACACCAGCAACCAGAGCUCCCCGCAGGUGCGCGUCUCCAUCGUGUCGCUGCCCAGCCACCAGGCGACGGCGCCGCCCCCGCCGCCCGCCACCGCCAACGGUCAGGAGGCGUCCGGGUACGCCCUGGCGGCGGCCGGAGGCGACCGGAUCUGCUACAACUUCGGCAAGGAGCUCUUCGUAUACGCCUACCGCGGCGUGAAGAAGCAAACGGCGGAUCUGAGCAAGCCCAUUGAUAAGAAACUGUACAAGGGAACCAAUCCGAGUUGCCAUGAUUUCAAUUCGACCAACGCGAUGGGCGAAGGCGCUCCACUUCUUGUGGGCUUCACCACUGGACAGAUUCAGCUAGUUCAGCCGGGCCGUCGAGAGCCGGGAAAAUUGUACAACGAGGAGGUAAAAAAGAGAGAGAAAAAUCCCAUUAGAAUGCUU